GCCAGGAAGCUUUCCAGCUGACAGCUACUGACCUAGAUGGGGACCCGCUCACCUACAGCAUCGAGGGGCCAGAUGCCUUCUACUUCUCUGUCGAUGCCCAGACAGGCGUCGUGACACUGAGGAACUCCCUGGAUCGCGAGCUCCAGGCCAGGCUCACCCUCACCGUCAAGGUGUCCGACGGGAUAAACACAGCUAUCUCCAGAAAGCUCACGAUCAUCGUGGAGGACCGUAAUGACAACGCCCCGGUCUUCCAGAACUUGCCAUAUGAAGCCACCAUCCCCGAGAACACGACAGUCGGCAGCGUCAUCUACACUGUGUUUGCCAACGACAGCGACACUGGGAACGCCUCCAAAGUCAGCUACAGCAUCGAGGAGGUGAUCCCAGACAGCACACAGAAUCAAUGGCUCUUCUACAUCCUGCCCAACGGGAACGUGGUGCUCAACGGCUCGCUGGACUAUGCCAGGAACACCUUCUACCAGCUCAAAAUCCUCGCCAAGGAUGGUGGGGGUCUGCUGCACAACUACUCCGGCUCUGUGCCUGAGAACGGCGCCCUGGGCACCACUGUGCUGACUGUCACCGCCGUGGACAGAGACACCGGAGUGAAUGAUUUUUUUUACCAGUGAGUGAAUGCCAGUGUCCCCUUUGCUAUUGAUGCUAAGACGGGCACCAUCACUGUGAGUGGGCACCUGGACCGUGAGCAGCUGCCAAGCGAGGAGGUGCUGCUGGAAGUCACAGCACGUGAGAAGAACCUGGACAUCUAUGGCAGAGUGGCCCAGACUAGCACCCUGGUGACAGUCACAGUGACCGAUGUCAAUGACAACAAGCCCCAGUUCUACCACUGCUCCCUCCCCAACUGUGACUUCUCUGCCAGUCCCCAGAAUAAUUUUAUGGGCAGCAUCAUAGAGCACUCCUCCUCCAGACUGCCCGUGUCCGACCUCAAUAUCGUCGCACACGACCCAGACAAGGGCAUCCACAGCAGCUAUGAGCUGUACCUGCAGGGUCCAGACGCCAGCGCCUUCGCUGUCUCCCCCACAAGGAUCCAGGGCACAGGGGAGGUCCAGCUCCUGGUGCAAGACCCAUCUGCUGUGGACUAUGAGAUCAGCCAUGUCAUGGUGGUGCAGAUUGUUGCUAAUGACACAGGGAACCCCAUGGACUGCUGCUCCACGGCCACUGUAACCAUCGACCUCACUGACGCCAAUGACCACAUCCCCGAGUUCCCUCAGAGCAUCUACAACCUGAGCGUGAUGGAGAACAGCCCUGAUGGCACCGUCAUCGCCCCAAACAUCACGGCCUAUGAUCCAGACAGCGGUGUCCUGGGACAGAUCACUUACGAGCUGCUCCCAGAGAGCAUCCGUAAAAUCUUCACGGUGAAUGCCACGACCGGGGCAGUGCUGGUGCUGAAUGGGAGCUUGCUGGACCGGGAGACUCGCUCCGUCUAUUACGCCAACCUCCAGGCCAGGGAUGGGGGCAACCUGGUGGGCACCACCGUGCUGGAGAUUACCGUGCUGGACGACAACGACAUGGCACCCAUCAUCACUGGCUCCUACUUCAUCUCGGUGGAAGAGGGGCAGAAUGUCACAAUACAGAUCCAGGCCACCGACAACGAUGAGCCUGGCAACCUCAACAGCAAGUUGGGCUACAGGAUCUUGCCAGGACCGUUCAGCGAAAACUUUACCAUCAACCCAACCACGGGUGUGAUGCACAGCAAGGAGCCACUGGACCGCGAGGCCUUGGACAACGAGCAGGGGCAGAUAGUGGUGACGGUGGAGGUGUAUGACCAUGGCGUGCCACAGCUCAGCUCCUCGGUGAAUGUCACCAUCACUGUGGGGGACGUGAACGACAAUGCACCCGUGUUCCUUAAGCAGUCCUAUGAGUUCUCAGUCUUUGAAGACUCUCCAGGGUCCUUUGUGGGUCAGGUGGAGGCCACAGAUGCUGACCGGACAGAGAUCAAUUCCCGCAUUUCCUUCCUACUUCAGAGGGGGAGUGGCUCCAGCAACUUCUUGAUCCGCUCGUCCCGCCUGGGGCCAGGGCACUAUGCUGGGCAGCUGGCCGUGGACCCUGAUGUGUCCCUGGACUACGACACCCUGCAGCAGAAGUUCUUCUCUUUGGUGGUGCUGGCAGAGAACACAGCUGCAGACAACGCGGGGGACACUGCCAGCGUCUCAGUGGUGGUCCACAUCCUAGACGUCAAUGACGAGCCCCCCACCAUCCUGCCCUCCUCACUGCAGGACGUGUACGUGAGCGAGAACGGCACACAGCAGGGUCUGGUCUGCACACUGGUUGCCUCCGACCCAGACACCAACCACUCACUGGUCUUUGAGGAGCUGGCAGUCGCCUGCUUCAAGGGGGCAAGCAGCGCCGGGGAGGUGUGCUGGGACUGGUUCGUGUUGGCGCCCAAUGGCUCGGUGCUGGUGAACAGCUUGGACAUCGACUACGAGCUGUGCGACGAUGUGGUGCUCACGCUGCGGGUUGAGGACCUGUACACCGAGAAGGGCAACCGCUACAGCCAGAACGAAACCCUGAGGAUCCUCAUCACCGAUGUGAAUGACAACGCGCCAGUCUUCCUGCCUGUCUCGCAGACCUUUGUGGUUGUCCCCGAAAUCUCUCCUGUGGACCUGCAAGUGGCUACUGUGAAGGCCAUGGACGCUGACUCAGGGCCGAAGGGAACCAUCACCUUCUCCAUUGUCAGUGUGGUGCUCGUGGACGACAACGGGGUCAGCCGGCCCUUCGAGAACCUCUUCAAGGUGGUGACAACGCCUGAGAAGGACGGCUACGUCGGGAGCAUCCAGGUGGCCAGCAACCUCGAUGGCUCGCUGAAGGGGCAGUACCAGCUGACAGUGGAGGCUCGGGAUGGUGAUGAACCAGUGCACUCAGCACAGACCACACUGACUAUCUUCACAGUGGAUCAGAGCUACCGCGUUCGCCUCCAGUUCGUGACACCAGUGGAUGAAGUCCAGAGUAACGCCGAAAUUAUUAAAGUGGCCCUGACCAGUGCGACCAAGGCAGGGGUCUACGUGGUGGCCAUUCGGAGCAUGGAGGACACCCGUGCGUCCCA